UCUAAAAUGGGUAUUCCAGGUUUAACAACUUUCAUAAACAAUCGCUCGUAUCGUUAUCUGAAAUAUUUUGAGUUACGUGAUACGUAUUUAGUAAUCGACGGGAACAGCGUUGCUUGUCAAAUAUAUAUUUUGUACGCAAAGUGUAAUUGUGCCUUCGGUGGUGAUUACGAUGAAUAUGCCAAAUCCAUUUCAGAUUUCUUCGACGACUUGUUGAAGUGCAAUGUAACGCCGAUAGUUUUGAUCGAUGGCGGCAGCGAGCAGAAGAAAAUGAAAACAAUUAUAACCAGAACCAAAGAAAAAAUUCGCACAGCGUCAUCUUUUUCUCCUAUCAGUCAACAGAGAAUGAAAUUUCUUCCUUUACACACUCUGGAAGUUUUCAAAGAUGUUCUGAGAGAGAAAAAUAUUCGAUUUGUGCAAUGUUUAUUCGAAGCUGAUAACGCUAUAGCUGCUAUGGCAAAGUUAUUGAAUUGUCCUGUAUUGAGUUACGAUUCAGACUUUUAUGUGUAUGGAACAUUGUACAUACCAUUCGAUACAUUAGACAGUUAUAUUAUCAAAAGUUCAACUGGAAAUGGAUACAUGAAGCGUUGCAAAAUUUAUAAAGUCGAAUAUUUGCUAAGUUCUUUUAAGGGUUUAAACCAAUCUGUGUUGCCAUUAGCUGCUGUAUUAUUAGGCAAUGAUUAUGUAAAACGUGGUACAUUCAAGAACUUUUUCCGUUACCUGACAUUACGACAAGUAGCAAGAAAAAAAUAUAGCCAUCGGCAAUAUUGUAUAGAAGCAACUUUCAAUUGGUUGAGCGGAUACACAUUAGAGAAAGCUGUCAUUGGAAUUCUAUGCAGAUUACCUAAACCUAUGAGACAAAGAGUAUUAAACAUAAUAGAAAUCAAUAUAAAUAGUUAUACUAAUGCAUCUACAGAAUUUCUUGUUCCAUUGGGUUUCCCAAAGGAAUACGCUGCUCGUGUAGCUAUGCAUUCCAUAAACAGAACUUUUAAAUUUGACGGAGAUGUUAACAGUUUAACGUACAUAGAAGAAACUCAUAAAGGAGAAGGCAUUGAAACAAGCCAAGAAGAAGAAGAAGAAGAAGAAGAAAACGAAGUUGAAAUAUUAGAUGCGUUCAAAGAGUCCGAGUUUACUUCUGAUAAUGCGCUCCCUAACAAUUUACCUGUAUGGUUUGUAGACAAGUUUCUUAUGGGCAAAUAUUCUUGCUAUAUCAUAAAUUUAUUCAUUCGACGUUUAUGGAUUGGCCCUGUACAAAUAGAGAACUACUAUUAUCCAUCCAGCAAUAUAAUAAGUUUAAAAAUUAUUAGCGUUAUAUUUGCACUUCUGAAAUCAGAAAUGGUUGGGAAGGGAGGUCCUAUGAAAUAUAUGAUUAGAGGUCAUAAUAUGAAACUUGUACAUUACGAAUUGGAACCUACUAAUACUAUAUUUUCUUGUCAAUUUCCACCUCUAUCUAAUAUUGGAGGUAUACCAUUAUUCAUUCGAAAAAAAAUUUUAAAUAAUACGUUAGAGAUUGCGAACGAACAAUGUAUAGAUGAGUUACUACCAGAAUGGAUGUUAUAUGUUGCUUGCCUUAAUUAUUGGAUAAAACAACACGAAUCAGACGUAUCGUAUAAAUGUUAUGUCUAUUCUAUACUCGUCUGUUUAUUGUUCAAUAUAAUUGACUUAAAGAUUGGAAGGCAUAGAAUAAUGCAAAAUUUUAAAAAAAAACACGGUGCAUUAAUCGAAAGUAUAAAAGAAAAAAGAAAAACGAGUAAUUAUAAACCACAUUAUACAACGAACGUUACCAUUCUUGAAGCCUGUAAUGAAAUUAAUCCUGAUGAUUGUUUAAUAGCAGCACCAUUUUUUAUUUCUCAUUUUGAGAUGGAUCAGAAAUUGUAUUCAAAUCCAAAAAAAUUUAAUAGAUCCAUUGUUCAUGCUUUUGCAGAAUUUCAGAUUUGUAUGAGACACAGUAUGUCUUUGAACGCACUUUUAGAGUAUCCUUAUCCAGAAAUUAAGAUCGCUAAUUUAUUCAAUGGUACUCUAUUGUACAAUUUGUCAAAUAAUUUUAAAACACGUUACGACAUUGAAGGAUACAUAAACGGUGUUCUUCAGAAUUCUCCAAGUCUUUGGAGGGUGUUUCGUAUACUUUUGUUAAAAGUAAAAUCUUUAUUUGAAUUGUUGCUUCAAAAUGGAAUCAAUCCUCAAAAAAAAUCAAGAGCAAAGUGCAGAAAAACAAAGUCUGAACGAAAUGCACAGGAUAGCGAUGCAGAAUAUUUGAGCGCGAACGAAAGUUCCUGCGAACCAAAAUUUUACGACGCGAACAAUCCUUUUUCAUUUCUUGAUUCUGCACAAUAAUUGAAUGUACUUUACGCAAUUUACGAAACAAAAAAUUGAAACUUACUCACGUGUUUGAGUGUAUGUAUGUAAUAUAUAAAAUUGUAAUUGAAGGACAAGUAUAAAAUGAUAAUAAAUUUAUGGUAUAUAAAGAUAUGGCCUCUUAUUUAAGUAUACCACUUAGAAAAAUGUUUGU